AUUAAUUGUCUAUGGAAUAAAUUGUUUAAAAAUGUGACUGUAGAAUGGAUUGAUUAUUAUUGUUUUAAAUGCUGUUUACUUGAAAGUGAAUAUAAAAACUACUGAUUCUUGCUGAGAAAUGUGAUCAUAAUGUGUGUCAGCUAGAAGUGAAGUGUUUUGUAUAGUUGACAGUGGUUUAAUAAUAAUUUGACUGUUUACACAGUAGCACUGAUUUGGUUUUUUCGUGAUGACGUUGUCCGUGAAGGAAUUAUCAUCAUUACUAAGUGUUCUGAGUGAAGAGAACACAGAGACUCAGAGUUUGGAGUACCUCGCUUCUCAGCUGCACCAAUGCUUCACUAAGCAAGACCAUUACAAAGCGGGAUGCGCCCUCACGCUGCUCCUGCAGCACCCUGACCUGCUGCCCAAGCCCGGCCAGCGCCUGGCCGUCAUCACCCUGCUGUACGAGCUGUACCGCGGCGAGCCCAUGGCCAUGAACCCCUUCGCGACCGUCUUCAUACACCUGCUGCACCCGCCAGACGACGUGAACAAAGCCACCGGCCGCAAGCUGGAGUACGCUGGUCAGCUACCGAGACUCUCCUCCGUCGAGAAGAACUUCCUGGCCCAGCUGAUAACCAACCAGACCAAGGAGUUGACAAAGAAGUCGGCCAACCAGAUCCUGACAAGCGAGAUGGGCAACUUCCACAAUGUCGACAUCACUGGGAUCCAGCUGGCGCUCGCGGAGAGGCAGUCGGAGCUGCCGCACACCAGCCGGGCCGCCAUCCCUGUCGUCAUCUCCGACGCGGAGAGGGGGACCUCUGCCACGGCGUUCCCGGACCAGGGCGUGGCCAAGAAGACGGCGGAGGCCCUGCUGGUGGGGGAGAAGCCCGUGGUGGAGCAGUGCCUCAAGCCGGAGUUCCUGCGCUUGGCCCCGCCGCUCCACAGCUGCGAGGACGAGCUGGCGUGGCUGAACCACACGGACCUGGCGGAGCACAAGGUGGCGUACGAGGUGACGAUGUGCGUGUCGCACGGCGAGGGCGCCGAGGCGAAGCGGCUGAUGGCGCGGGCGUUCAAGGGCGCGCUCACCCUGCAGCAGCAGCAGCACCUGCUGGCCGAGCUGGACCGCGACCCCAAGCUGGUCUACCACAUCGGCCUCACCCCCAGCAAGCUGCCGGACCUGGUGGAGAGCAACCCGCUGAUAGCCAUCGAGGUGCUGCUGAAGCUCAUGCAGUCCAGCCAGAUCACGGAGUACUUCAGCGUGCUCGUCAACAUGGAGAUGUCCCUGCACUCCAUGGAGGUCGUCAACAGGUUAACAACCACCGUGGACCUGCCCACUGAAUUUGUGCAUCUGUACAUUUCCAACUGCAUUUCCACUUGCGAAACCAUCAAAGAUCGCUACAUGCAAAACCGCCUGGUUCGAUUGGUUUGUGUGUUUCUCCAAUCGCUCAUUAGGAAUAAGAUCAUCAAUGUGCAGGAGUUGUUCAUAGAAGUGCAGGCCUUCUGCAUAGAGUUCAGCCGGAUCCGCGAGGCGGCCGCCUUGUUCCGGCUGCUGAAGCAGCUGGAGUCUGGGGAGGCCGGGGUUUCCGCGACGGGCCCCAUCAAGAAGACUGACGGCUAGGGCACGAGUCCCCGGCUCCCACGCACCGACCAAGGACAGGAACCCGUGUCUUAGUACUGACAAUGUGCAAAUUAUUAUCACUGUUUUUUAUACUAAAAUGACGAUUAUGAAAUGAAGAGGAAUAUUUGCCCGCGGUGUUGUUACAGAUUUAUGUUGAAUGCCAAGUUUUUGACGCAGGGGUAAUGAGUUAUUGAUGCUGGAUCAUUGACUUGGUGUCCAUGCAGAAUUUCCCAAAUUCGUUCAGAAACGGGCAUUGCAAGCCAUUAUUACAUUCUCAUUGAAAGCUAUCUGUAUUCUUGUACUGCCAUUAUAGUUUGGUGACAACCACCUUGAAGCACAUUAUAUGUAUUAGUACUAAAGUUGGAAAACAAAAUUAAAAAUUUAUGCAUAUUGAAUAAAAAAUAAGUCAAUUAAUGUAACUAGUAUUAUGGUGUGGGAAUGCUCAAAAUGUUUGAUGAAUGCAACACUUAAAAUAGCAGUUUUGUUUGAGACGAAUAAUGAUGCCAGGAAGUUUGCAGUUUGCUGUAGCAAUGAAUUUUAACAUAAGAUGUUUCAAUACUUUAACAGAUAUAGUGCUUUUUUUUAAGGUGGGAUUCAGAAAUGUGACUUUGUCAACUUAUUAUCUAAAAUAAAAAUAGAGCUUUGUUUUUAUAUAAGCAACUUUUUACAUGGCUAAAACUAACGUACAGCGUGAGGAGAAAAAUAGUAAAACAACAAAAAACCCUUAUUAGAUGGGAAACUGUAUUGUGCGGGAACGUCUCAAACAGGUUUUACUGUAUUUGUUUGGUUCCAAGAAGAUUAAAUCACUAAAGAAAGUUUUUGGUUACACUAGGUACUGUUUAAAAUUAAAUAAUGAGCAUCAGUUGGUGAUCCAGCAACAGUUACUUCCUAAUGGGAGAGUUUCCUACUAUUUUGCUUCUUUAGUUUUUCUGUUGAUUCAAAUUAAAUUCAUAAUGUAACCAUGGUUGACUGUUUAUAGUUUCAAUAAAUUUUUAUUUAAUUAUUUUAAAAAAAUGUUACAGGCAAUUUAUUUUUCAACUGUAGCAUAAACUUUCAGCGUGAUGCAAGUUUUGUUUUAAAUUUUAAUAGGGAGCUUUUAUCAUAAAAUGACUUUAUUUUCAGGAUGUCAUUUAUGAAAUCUUCUAAGAAUUUGUUUUUCCAAAAACCCAGACAAAUUUAAUUUUCAAAGAUAUCGGGAAAACAUAUAUCAUAUAGUAUAAUCAUAUAUGAUAUAUGCAAUAUGUAACAUAUUAUAUAUUUCAACAUAUUUAGAUCUUUUUUUUUUUAAUUAACAGGUUUACAAGAAGCCUAAACAUAUACAAACAGUUAUUCAAAACUGUAUGUCAUGUGUAUAUAGUAUGCUGUUAGUUUAUGUUACAGUUGAAAUAUAAAUUAGCCUUUGAAAUAUUUGGACUGUUCUGUAAUUAUGUACUACUAAAUUGUGAACAUCAACUAUGUUUAUAUUAUAAAUUUGUUUAGAUCAUUAACAAAAUUAUAGAUUCAAAAUAAUGUAGGACUGUAAUCUCCCACCCCACAAGUGUAUAUUUACUGGGGUAGUGCAGUACACAAAAUACAAUCAUUUUUGUGUGAUCAAUAAACUGCAUUGAAUUGUGUAUGAAAAGAAAUGCUCAAUAAAGUCAAGUAUUUUCUCAAUUCAUAA